AUGGAGACAAUAUAUCAACGGAUCUGCAAGCCGUGGGAACAAUGCCUGGUGGUGAAGCUGCUGGGAAAGCGUAUUGGAUAUGGAGUACUGUGUGAGAAGCUGAAGGUACUGUGGAAGCCUGCAGGUGGCUUCGUGGUCAAAGACAUUCACCAUGGCUACUUUCUUGUGAAAUUUGACCUGGAUGAAGACAGGAUGAAGGCAAUGGCAGGAGAUCCGUGGAUGAUCUUCUAUCAUUACUUGUCCGUCAAGCCUUGGAACCCGGAGUUCGUUGCAGCACACUCCAAGAUUAACACAACAAUGGUGUGGAUUCGGAUCCCAGGACUAGGUUUCCAGUUCUAUGAUGAGAGUAUCUUAAUGACGCUAGCGGCUGGCGUUGGGGAACCAAUCCGAGUUGAUACCAAUACGGUGCAUAUGCACCGUGGAAAAUUCGCUAGAAUUUGCGUCGAGAUCGACCUUGAUCAGCCAAUUAUGGGCAUGGUGGGACUUAGAGGCACUUGGUAUAACAUGGAGUAUGAAGGGCUACACUUACUGUGUUCUCACUGUGGGUGCUAUGGUCACCUUGCACGGAACUACACCAAUCCACGACAGAAGGCGUCUCCGGAUGCAACACCAGCACCGAUCAAUACGUCGGAGAAGGAGACUCCAGCGGCGGCAGCGGAUCAUGGGCAGCAAGAUCCUCAGGCGAGUACAGAAACAGUAAUGCAAGGAGGAGUAAUUGCACUAGGGGAUACCACAAUGAAUGUAGGAGCCAAUCAUGGGCCUUCAAUUAAGCCGUUACAAUGGCCACCAACGGCUCAUGGUGAUUGGCUGGUGGUAGAUAAAAGAAGAAAAAAUUUGAAAAAACAGAUUAAAGAUACUUCAGUGCGUGGAAAGUCUAGUAACGGCAAGGAAGCCAUGAAAGUUGCAGUUAUUCCAAAACUGGUAGAGACAAAUUCAUCGGUUUUCAAUGCUGGAGUCAAGACGGGGCAAGGUUAUAAAGCUACAGUGAUUACCAACGGGGCAAGGUUAUAA